AUGUCCCAACUCAUCUUUACAGACGAACACAUAGCAGCUUGGGCAGCAUUGGGACCUCCCGUUCGACAGAAGCCAACAAAUCCUAAAGAAGUGAAACAACUAAAGGAACGAAAAGUUGCUCGAAAGGAACUCAAGAAAAAACUCGUCCAAGAACUGAAUGAUGAUCCUGUUCCUGAAGAAACCAAGAAUGACGAAUCAUCCAAUACCUCGCCCAAAUGGUCGGCUCGUGCAAUUGAAUUCGAGCUGGAUCGAAUUGUAGAAGAGCAACGUCAACUCUCCCUGCAAACAACGGAAGAUGAGAAUAAGCAAGACGACGAGGAACAUAAUCAGCGAAAGCUACUGCCCUAUCAACUCGACAAUAGUCAUCCCGACAAUACCAUGGAUCACCGGGCACAAGGUGGCCCCUUGCUACAAUAUCUUUGGUGUGAACCAAACAGGACGCGCACGGGAAGGCCAUCUAUGACUCCACCCUUACAAGGCCAAACUCUAUAUUUGGGUGGUGAGGUGGGUUCUGAUGGCAACCUUUAUUGCAUCCCUGGACAUGCCGACAAGGUCUUGAUGAUUGAUCGAUCUUGUGAAAAAGUCAAAUUAAUUGGACCUGUUCUGAGGUCAAACAAGGGUGCGGGUGUCGAUACUUCCAAUGGGAGACUCUACAAGUGGCUUCGCGGUAUAGUGGUCGGAGACAUUAUCUAUGGAUUGCCUUGUCAUGCGGAUGACAUUCUCAAGAUUCAUGUGCCUACCCAAACCAUUACUACUUUGAAGAUUCCGUACGAAGACUUGUACAGCACCGAAACAAAGGAUGGCGAGACAGUUUGUGAGGCCCAUGCCGAACGCACCAUGAUUUGGAAGUAUCAUGGCGGCACCAUUUGUCCACUGGAUGGCUGUAUUUAUGCGAUCCCUCAGAGAGCCAGUCAAGUACUGAAACUAGAUCCGAAAACGGAGAAAGUCUCCUUUCAUGGUCCCAAAUUCCCUGGGCAUUGCAAGUGGUAUGGUGGUAUCUUGGGAAAGCAAGAUGGGGCCAUUUAUGGCAUUCCGCACAAUGCUUCAGGAGUCUUACGGAUUUCACCUGAAAAGGUUACCGUUCAUGGAGAUUUUGGUGCAAACAAACACUGGUGGCAUGGCGGAGCAGCAGCGUCCAAUGGAGUCAUUGUGUCGGUCCCAGCAAAUGCGGAUACUGCUCUCUGUAUCACACCUGGAGAGGAACCCAUCUUGACUUUGGUGGGAGAUGCUUCCAUUGUACAAGCGGGACGUCAUCGAGAUGAUAAAAAGUACAAAUAUUUGGGUGCUAUGUGUGGGACCAAUGGCAAGGUAUAUGUCUUUCCCUGUGCUAGUGAGUAUGUUUUACAAGUGGAUACGGAGAAGAUGGAAGCCAAGAAUGUCGGGCCAAACCUGAGAGACUCGGGAAUGGAAAUGGUGUUUCAAAACAAGUGGCAGAAUGGGCUGACAUGUGUGCAAGAUCAGUGUGUCUAUGGAAUGCCCCUUUCGGGGCAUACACUCCUUCGUGUGGAUUGCAGCAAGAAGGACGAGGAUCCAGAUGUGACAGUGUGGACGUUGCCGUCUCCUCGACGAGAAUGCAAAGAUAAAUUCGAAGGUGGUAUAAUGACUGAUGAUGGUGUCAUGUACACUGUUCCAAACAAUCAUAAGGGUGUACUCAGAAUACAGCCCGCUCGCCUCUCAGGUGAUCACUAA